GCCUGAUCCAGGUUGGGAAGUGGAAUCCAGUCCCUCUCUCAUAUGUGACAGAUGCACCGGAUGCCACAGUAGCAGACAUGCUGCAGGAUGUGUAUCAUGUGGUCACACUGAAAAUUCAGUUACACAGCUGCCCAAAACUGGAAGACUUGCCACCUGAACAGUGGACUCAUACAACUGUCAGAAAUGCUCUGAAGGAACUACUGAAGGAAAUGAACCAGAGCACACUGGCAAAAGAAUGCCCCCUCUCCCAGAGUAUGAUUUCCUCCAUUGUAAACAGCACUUACUAUGCAAAUGUAUCAGCAGCAAAAUGUCAAGAAUUUGGAAGAUGGUAUAAACAUUUUAAGAAGACAAAAGAUAUGAUUG